CCGAUUAUUAAAAUUCUGCAGGAUGUAGACGUAAAGUGCUGCCUAGCAGCGGUUCAUCGCUGUCGUUGCAGUAAUUUUAGUCAGUUUUACAACUAAAUAAAUAACCAUAAACGAUAUAAUAAAUAAUAAAUGAAAUAUAACAUAGCUUACCACAGCUCAGUUGCCACAAUCCCGUAAGCGGGAACGGAGGUUGGCGAUUUCGUACUGUGCAUUUAGGGUUAUUUAUUUAUUAACGCAGUGUUAUCGUAUAAAGAAAUUGUAGCCCAACUUUUACUUGCUGAAUACACCCACAUUGGUAGCCAUGUGCACAAAAUUUCAAGAUUCUACUGAGAAGUGUGCCACGUUUUCUACGUUUCUAGUAUAUUUAUUCACUUGCGUUGUUGCAUAUUUAUUUUCGUCAAUGAUUUUUUUUGUUAACCAGCAUUUGUCUAUACAUGAACUUUCACAGGUUUGCCAACUUCCGGUACAGAUCUUAUUCUCAAUUACUUAACGAUAAAAUGCAAGAAUAAUGUGGCCAUAGCCCGUAACAUUUUACGAGUUACGUAUUUUCCGUAAUUUAUUUAAUAACAGUAAACAUUAAAUCACCAGUUAAUUACGCAACUUAAACAUAAAAUUUCAAUGGACGUUUUUGAAACACGUUUUCAUUCCAGUAAGUUACCAGUACGGCAACUGUAGAAAUUUUCUUACAUGCUUUUGUUUCCAGUGAUGCUUCUUUGUUUGAAUGUUGGGUAAUGUUAGCGCAAUACGAAUAGUAAAAUAACAUUUUUAUUUACGUGAUGUCUAGUGAAGUGUGGAAAUACUUUGUCAUCGACCGACAAAAUUCUGGCUACGCAAUAUGUCAAAUCUGUAAAUGUACAAUCUCACGUGGCGGUAAAUCUAAAACUACAACAAACAUGAAAAAACAUCUCGAAAACAAGCAUGGGAGUUACGUUCAUGAGACGAAGAAACAAAGGCUACAUUCAUCGGAAUUGAGCGAGAUUGAAGAAAAUGAAAUAGAUGAUAGUUCAGCACAAAAUUGUUCUUCAGAGACAACCUUGCCAUUGUCAUCAAAUUCAGAUGUUAGGCCUACUGCUACUGAUUCAUCGAGAGGCAGCGGUUCAGUGUCCCCGAGGCAUGCUGAGAAAGUUGGCCAAACGAAUAUUUCAUCAAGAACACCAAACCAGUAUAGGCUAACUCCUAAAAGUCAAUACCAGCCUACAUUACAAUCAUUUAUUGAUAAAACUGCACAAUUCAAGUCCACUGAUCCUCGUGCAAAAUCAAUAACUCAGCACAUAGGUAGAAUGAUGUGCUUAGACAAUCGUCCUUUUAGCAUGGUUGAAGACAGAGGAUUCACAGAAUUUGUCAAAUUCCUUGAGCCUAGGUAUGUUUUGCCCAGCAGAAAACAUUUUUCAAAUACUGUUGUACCACACAUGUACCAAGAAUGUAGGGAAAAUGUGAACAAAAAGUUGGACGAAGCUGAACAUGUGAGUCUUACAACAGAUAUGUGGACUUCAACAGCCAAUGACGAUUAUCUUGGUCUAACUGUGCAUUUUGUUGAUUCCAAUUUUGUCUUGCAACACCUCAACAUUGGGGUUAUUCCCUUUCCUGAAUUAUCUCACACAGGGAACAAUUUGUGCAAUUUUAUCACAGAAACACUUGAAGAAUGGAAGCUGCAAUCUAAAGUUGUUGCCAUUGUAAGAGACAAUGCCAGGAACAUAACUGCUGGCCUAGAAUCAUCCGAAUAUGAACAUCUGCCAUGCCUAGCACAUACCCUGCAGCUUGUUGUAAAGGAAGGGCUACUGAACAACAAGAAUGUAAAUAAUCUGAUUGCCAACGGUCGUCGCAUAGUUGGCCAUUUCAAACAUUCUUGUAAGGCGACAAAAGAGUUAAAGAAGGCUCAAGCCACGCUGAAAAUGAAAAAACAUAAACUUAUCCAGGAUGAACCAACGCGUUGGAAUUCAUCUCUCCAUAUGCUACAGCGCUUACUUGAGCAAAAACAGUCUGUUUCUUUAGCAUCAGCAACUCUGCAGUUACCUGUGACUUUUUCAUCAGCAGAAUGGAACCUGAUGACAAAUGUAGUAAACCUUUUAAGUAUUUUCAACCAUGCAACAUUGGCUGUAAGUACUCAGUGUGUGACAGCCUCAGAAGUCAUACCUAUAAUCAACAGUUCUACUGAAGAGCUAAGGAAACCAGCACCUACUGGAUCAGGUGUACAGGGCAUCAAAAAUGAUAUGCUUGCUGCCAUAACUUUGAAGUAUUCUGAUGUUGAAGAGAAUAUGUUGUACGCAGUUGCAACAUUACUGGACCCACGAUUUAAACACCAUGUUUUUGUGCAGGACGGUAAUGUCACAAAAGCGAAAGUUUUUUUGAUUGAAGAAGCAAGAAAAACUAUCUGUUUGAAACAACCUGAAACUGAGUCUGUGCCGCAAACAUCCAGCCAAGCAAUGGAAAGCCAUGGUAUGUGGACAUUUUACUCAAACAUAAUGAAGACUGCCCCAAGUGUAAGCCACAUCGCAUCAGUUGAAGAUGAGAUUAAUGUUUACUUGGAAGAACCUAUUCAAAAUUCAAGUACCAACGUUUUCCAGUAUUGGAAAGAAAAUACCAAGUACCCAUGUUUAAAAAAACUGUCAAAGAAAUUUCUUUGCAUUCCACCUUCAACUGUACAUUCCGAGCGAUUAUUCAGCACUGCAGGACUGAUUGUUGAUCAGAAACGGAACCGUUUAGAUCCUGAACGAGUCAAAAUGUUGGUUUUUUUAAAUAAGAAUUUGUGAUCUAAUAAGAAUUUAGGAUCUAAUAAGACUUUGUGAUCUAAUAAGAUGCUUUGCCAGUUUUCAUUUAUUAUUUUAAGAACUUUCAAUUUUAUUUUGUCAAAAGUGUUGUUUUUAUGAUAUUUCACUAUGUUGUCAUUUAUUUCAAAGGUAUAAAG